GUGCGACGUGGAAACCCGCAGCGCCGUUUCUAUCUCCUGAAGUAAACAAAUGAAGUUACUGUGAAACAAUGAGCGCAGACUUUCAGUUUUCAGAACAAUCUGAUCUGCUGACAUGAAAUGAGACUCGACUAACGGAGUUAGAACUUGUAGGAAAAAUCCGUCGCCAUGGAGGAGGGACUGACUAUUACUUGUAUUUCUGUAGCGAUGUUUGUGGGCACCUUCUUACUAGGAUUCAUCCCACUGUUAUUCCGACUCUCUGAGAAAAGCCUGCAGUUUGUGUCCAUCCUGGGGGCGGGUCUGCUGUGCGGCACAGCGCUGGCCAUCACCAUCCCAGAGGGUGUGGGCUUACUGGAGGAUUCGUGGAGAGAGUCCUCCUCUGAUGCUCCAUCUGGCCCGAAUGCUAGUGAAAAAGCUCUGCCUUACACAAAGGGAAGCGCCCCACCUCGCUUUUAUAUCAGCGUGGCUUUGACGUUCGGGUUUACCUUCAUGUUUGUUGUCGAUCAGAUUGGAGGAUACAUUUCCACGCAUGGUCAAGCAGCACAUUUGUUGAAUAACAAACACAUCACAGCCACUCUGGGGCUGGUUAUCCAUGCUGCAGCUGAUGGAUUUGCUCUGGGCGCUGCCGUCGCCACAGGUCAAGCCACCGUACAAGUGAUUGUUUUUUUCGCGGUCAUUCUACACAAGGCUCCUGCUGCUUUUGGUUUGGUUUCCUUCCUGAUGCAUGCAGGCCUUGAGAAGAAAGACAUCCAGGGACAUUUACUGGCCUUCUCAGCAGCAGCGCCCAUAGUCGCUAUCAGCACUUACUUCACACUGCAGGCGACUGGAAGCUCCUCUCAUAACCAGCUGAGUGCAACAGGAGUGGGAAUGCUGUUCUCAGCAGGGACUUUCCUUUAUGUUGCAACGGUGCACGUACUCCCUGAGAUCAGCAGUAGCAGCGCAGCAGAACCCCUCUCUGGCCUGCAGGAGGAAAGAGGAACAGAAACCCACAAGGCGAGAUAUCUGGGGCUCCUGGAGAGCCUCACCCUCAUCCUUGGUGUGGGGCUCCCAGUCAUAUUGGCCCUCAGCUUGCACGAUGACUGACGGAGAGUUUACUGCGAAGGAUGCAGAAUAACAUUUCCAAAACAAAAUCUUAUCAAGUAUUUUUUGGUCUAGUUUCGAGUGCAAAUAUUUUUUACUCUCGAAAUAUGACAAAACUAAUGUACAAGUAACUUUAGGGCAAGAUACGGAAAGUGGUUUUAAGUCAGUAAUUUCUUAAUAUCAAUGGAAAAGUACUGCCCGUCAAACAAAACAUUAAAAUGUCUAGUUCUAUCUGGUACUUUCCAUCAGUGUGAAGGAAUUAUUGACUUAAAAUAAGUUCAUUUAUUGUGCUUAAAAGUUAUUUAAGUUACUCUGUCUUAUUUCAAAUUUACUAAGAUAUUUCCAGUAGAAACUAGAGCAAAAAUACUUGGUAAGAUGUAGUAUUUUUGCAGUGAAGACAGAAUGAAUGAAAACCGUCCACGUAUCUCAGCGUUAGGUUGUUCCUCCUGGGCGUGAUUCUGAUCAUAUUAACCUAACCCUUGAGCACUGCCAUUGUUCUUGGAUCAACAAAGCUUUUCAGGUUUUGAAAGGACUUGGAUAUUUUAUAUGCCGCUAUCCUUCAGCUGAGUUUCCAGUACAAGUAAACAAAAAGAGGGACAUUUGUUAUUUGUUACGAAGCUGUAUAAUUUUUUUUAAAAACGAAACCGUGGCCAGGAGAUAGAAUUACAAGAAGAACAAGAUAAUAAUUUGAUACUGUUAUGUGCACAGUAUGCGACCUCGUUUGCACAGUUUGUACUAGUUUUGUGUGUAUUAUUAAGAGUUUUACAGGAAAAAGUGCAAGUUGGGCGAAACAUUCCUCCUCAUGAUUCCUCAGAAACAAACUCAUUGUUUGUUUUUGUUUUUUUAGUUGAAAUGCCAAAUGUGACACCUGAACUACAUAAAAUAUUUUUAGAGCCAUAUUAUUUCAUAACUUAUUGUUUUCAUCAAUGGAUGUUUGAUUUAUUUUUAAGAAUGUAUUUUAAAAGUUUGGCUCUAGAAAGCUGUCUCUACUUAAAAUGUGCAAUAAUCGUUCAAAUAAACUACGACACCAUAAAUUUAA